UGUCACCCGUGUGAAGGUCUCUGUGUGGCGCACAGCUGCCGCCGGCGGGGUGUCUCACACGUUACACAUCGGUCGGCAGCUGGGUACUUUCUGGCACUGUACAUAGAUGCCGCCAUCACUCUUCGCCUCACCUAACUAACUCUGGUCACGUGGUGUGCGCCCUAGCCAAUGGGAGCGAGGCAUCUUGCAGGUACGCGAUUCAAACUUUAAUCGUCUCCUGGAGACGCGGAGACUCUCAACCCGGUAGCAUGGAGCACCGGAUAAUCGGGCCAGGGCCGUACCGGGCCACUAAGCUGUGGAACGAGACCAUUGAGCUUUUCCGCGCCGGGAUGCCGCAGAGAAGACACCGUGUUCACUUUAAAACAUACGACAAGUGCUUCACUGCGUCGGAGGCCGUGGACUGCCUGCACGAGCUGCUUCAGUGCAACCAGAACUUUGGGCCGGAGGUGACCCGCAACCAAACCGUCCAGCUCCUGAAAAAGUUCCAAAAGAACCACGUCAUUGAAGACGUGAAGGGCCGAUGGGGGAGGGAAGACUUUGAAGACAACGGCUGCUUAUACAGGUUUCCACCGACCUCACCGCUAAAACCGUAUCCAAGAAGACCGCAGUACGGCAUGGAGCCCGUCCCUUUCCCGAAGUGGGCAGAAAAAGAAUCUCCCGCGCCGCAGGGUCGUGUUCCUGUGAAGCCCAUCGUAAUGAAUUCUGAGAUGUGGUACAAAAGGCACAGCAUUGCGAUAGGAGAGGUGCCUGUCUGCCGGCUCGUGUAUCGCAGAGAGUUAUCGCCAGCCGACGUUGAAGAAAUUUGGAGAUCUAAAACUUUGUCGCAUUUGCAGAAAAUUCUUGGGCUGGAUUCUCUGAACGAUGUAAUGGAUGCCAAGUUGGUCCAUGGAAAGCACAUAGUACACAAUGUCUACAAUAUCAAUAAACAGAAUAUUGUGGUUUUGGAAGACAAAUCAAAAGAGCUUCCUCAUUGGUUAUUAUCAGCAAUGAAAUGUCUGGCAAAUUGGCCCAACUGCUCAGACCUGAAGCAGCCAAUGUACUUGGGGUUUGAAAAGGAUGUCUUUAAAACCAUUGCUGAUUACUACAGUUACCUGCAAGAACCACUUCUUACAUUUCAGCUUUUUGAUGUUUUUGUGAAUGUCCUUGGUCUUCUGCACAGAAAGCUCAUCGCCAUUGAAGCUCUUCAGGUUUGCUGUCUUCUUCUGCCAUCGGAAAAUCGCAGGAAACUUCAGCUCCUAAUGAGGAUGAUGGCGAGAAUGAGCCUGAACAGAGAAAUGCCGCCUUUAUGCGAUACCGUUGGAAACCGGGCACUGGUAGUGCAGACCUUUUCUCGUUGUAUCCUUCGUUCUAAAGAAGAAGCUGACCUGGGUGAACUCUUGUCCACAAAGCUAGUGACAUUUAUGAUGGACAAUUAUCAAGACAUUUUGAGUGUUCCCAUAACUCUGAAAAAUGCAGUGGAGGAUUAUGUUUUCCAUCAGCGGCGUGUUCAGAUUAAAUACCCUGGUGCUGACACCGAUGCAACAAUACACCCUACCAUCCCUCAGCCUCAGAUGAGCCACAGUAAUUCCCAUGAGUAUGAGUAUCAGAAGACAAAUAAACCCCAAGAUCCCUUGAAAGUAUUACUGGAGGAUAUCAUCACUAAUAAACAGCUAUCAUCAAAGGAAAAAAAGAAAAGACUAAAACAGUUCCAGAGAUCCCAUCCUGAAAUAUACAAAGAACGGUUCCCUACCCCUGAAAGUGAAGCAUCUCUGUUUCCAGAAAAAAUGAGUCUCAAAUCUCAGCUCUCCUUCUUUACAUUAAAACGGCCUUUCCAGCCAUUUCAGAGGACACGCAGCUUUCGAAUGUAGCAGCGCAUUUU